AUGCUAAAAUGCGCCAUCGCUGAGCGAAAGAGCGAUUGGGAGCAAGCAGUGAGGUGCUAUGAAGAAGCUCUCAAGGAGCAUCGAACAGCUGCACUUCCUUUCCUAGCGCAGGCUUACUCCAUGCUGGAGAGGUAUGAAGACGCCGCGAGAUACUACAAGGCAGCGCUUGCCGAGGGGCCACAGAACGCGCAGGUCUGGGUCAAGUAUGCUCUCGUCUUGCGAAAGUUGAACAGGUACAAGGAAGCGCUCAAUAUCUACAAGGAGCUGAUGGAGCAGCAGAAGGAAGACAUGUCCCUGCUGCUCGCAUACGCGAGGACCCUGUUGGAGGCGAGGAAACUUGAGGGCGCCGAGAAGUCAUUCAAGAAGGUGCUCACCCUGUGCGGGGCGCAUAAGCUUCCAUCAUCUCAACCCCAAGUUUCUGCUGGAAGGAGCCAGGCCCUCAAGAUGCACAGGUGGGGCGCAGUGGUUGACCCGCACAGAGCUCAGAUCCUCGGGGCCCUCGGACGAGCUGAGAAGGAGCUGGGAAACUUCCCUGCAGCAGGAAGGUACUACAGGGAGGCUCUCGAGCUCGGGAGUUUCCCAGGUGGAGAGCAGCUGCUGUCAAACGCGUUCGCGUCCGUCCUGCUCCGACUGCGGGAAUUAUGCAAGUGGGAAGAAUUUGAGGAGCUUUUCGAGUGGAUGAUGAAGGUACUGAUACCUCACCAGCUCCAACCCCAGCAGGAGGGCAGGAAGACCAGGUGGUGGGGGAACCUCUCUUCUCUCACCCCGUGGGAGGCGCAGGUGUACGACGUGAACCCAAGAGUCCAGCUGGAGGUGAGCAGGAAUCACGCGGACCAUGUUGCGAGGAGCUGCCGCCUGCUGCUACCUGAGCUCGUCGUGACGCUGAGCAAGCGGCAAGAUCGGCGAAUCACGAUAGGAUACAUGUCCAGCGACUUCGGAGCUCACACUGUUUGUCAAAGCAUGCAGACGCUUCUGGCCAGCCACAGCACAAGAAAGUUCCACAUCGUCGCAAUCAUGACGACAAAGAGCGAUGGGAGUCAGUGCAGGAGGAGGGUGGAAGCUGCUGUCGAGAACGUCAUCCACGGCGUCGAACCAGUAACUGGCCGUAGCUCCUCCUCCCAAGAGCUGGCUGAAAGCAUCUCCUCCGCACAGAUCAUGAUCUUGCUCGACCUCAACGGCCACACGAAGGGAGCACGAGCAGACGUCCUUGCUCUGCGUCCAGCUCCUCUCCAGCUGCUGUUCAGGAGCUACGCGGGGACCUCGGGAGCCUGUUGGAUCGACUUGUACCUGUCGGACAAGGUUGUUGUCCCACCAGAACACUCGAUGAUGAUGUCGGAGAAGCUUGUCGUUCUCCCCCACACCUUCUUGGCGACCGAUCAUGCUCAUAUGUUCCCUCAUCCCCCUCUUGGAAACCCCGAGAAGUUUGAGCAGCAGCCGCGGGAGGAAGCCGAGGAGGAAGGGAUCAAUACGUCGACUUGUGGCCAUCGCCCCAUUCUCGCGUCUUUUAACAGGAUGCUGAAGAUCGACAGGUCAACCUGGUCGCUGUGGAUGAGAGCUCUUCUGUCGGACGACGACUCGGCUCUCUGGUUGUUGAAGCAUGGUAAGGCAAAUCCAUAUGAAAACGACAAGAUACAUGUCGUAUAG